CUGGGGGCAGCCCGCCUAUUACCCCCUUGUAUUCCCAUCCUAAUAUUAUACAACCAGUACAGUCCAGAUAAUUCUCCACUAUCCGUCCACAGAGAUCACAUGACCACAUCAGUGAAGAUGGAGGAGGACCGGAGUCACAUGACUGAGAAGAUACUAAAACUCUCCCUGGAGAUCAUCUACCUGCUGACCGGAGAGGAAUUUCCUCUUCUGAGGUCAGGUGAUCAUGUGUUCAUCACAAGGUCUCCAUGUGGCCCCCAAAAACCCGAGAGACCCAACAUGGAGAAGAUUCUAGAAGUCACCAAGAAGAUGAUGGAGCUGCUGACAGGAGAGGUUCCUAUAAGGUGUCAGGAUGUCUCUGUCUAUCUCUCCAUGGAGGAGUGGGAGUAUCUAGAAGGACACCGGGAUCUCUACAAGGACGUCAUGAUGGAGGAUCAGCAGACGUUGAGUUGUGUGAAGGUUGUAGGAGAAGAAUUUCCCCGGAAUGAGACCAUAUUGAACUUCACCCUGGAGAUCAUCAGACUGCUGACUGGAAGGGUGCUUAUAGUGGUGGACAGCAUUGGGCGCCCUGACCGGUACAGCCCCAUACGCAGCAAACUGCGAUGCUCUGAUCUGAUGAAGAUGAAAGUUGAGGGUGAAGUAGAAGAGACGUAUGUGAGGGAUGAUCAGCAACAUACGGAGGAGGAUGGAAUGAUGAGGACACUCAUAGAGGAGGACACUCCUACAGAGAUCAGUACGGGACACGCCAUGGAGAAACCCUCAAAGGAUCCUCUGACUUUAUCUCCAGGUUGUAAGAUGGAAGAUGAGGACAUCACAGCAGAUUGUGCGGGAGAAGAGACAAUGAGCUCAGCUAUGGAUGGUGGACUUCACAGUGUGGAUAGAGCAUGGAAUCCCUCUGACUCUGAGCAACCUCGUCCUGUGGGGGAUGGUGCUGGAAUUCAGGGGGAGAAGACAUUUUCCUGCCCUGAGUGCGGGGAAAGUUUUACCUCUGAUUUUACUCUUAAUGAACAUCAGAAAUCUCACAUGGGGAAGAAGCCGUAUUCCUGUCCUGAGUGCGGGAAAAGUUAUUCAUGGAAAUCAGUACUUGUUAUACAUCAGAGGUCUCACACGGGUGAGAAGCCGUAUGCUUGCUCUGAGUGCGGGAAAUGUUUCUUCAAGCAGACCUAUCUUAAGACACAUCAGAGGUCUCACACGUGUGAGAAGCCGUAUGCUUGCUCUGAGUGCGGCAAAUGUUUUUCGCAGCAGACCCAUCUUAAGACACAUCAGAGAUCUCACACGGGUGAGAAGCCGUAUGCUUGCUCUGAGUGCAGCGAAUGUUUCUUGCAACAAAUCAGUCUUAAAAUACACCAGAGAUCUCACACGGGUGAGAAGCCGUAUGCUUGCUCUGAGUGCGGGAAAUGUUUUUCCAGGCAGAUCAAUCUUAAGACACAUCAGAGGACUCACACGGGUGAGAAGCCUUAUGCUUGCUCUGAGUGCGGCAAAUGUUUUUCCAGGCAGAACAAUCUUAAGACACAUCAGAGGACUCACACUGGUGAGAAGCCGUAUGCUUGCUCUGAGUGCAGCAAAUGUUUUUCCAAGCAGACCCAUCUUAAAACACAUCAGAGGUCUCACACGGGUGAGAAGCCGUAUGCUUGCUCUGAGUGCGGGAAACGUUUUUUGCGGCAGAUCAGUCUUAAAACACAUCAGAGGUCUCACACGGGUGAGAAGCCUUAUGUUUGCUCUGAGUGCGGCAAAGGUUUUUCGCAGCUGUGCCAUCUUAUUAGACAUCAGAGGUCUCACACGGGGGAGAAGACAUUUUCCUGCCCUGAGUGCGGGGAAAGUUUUACCUCUGAUUUUACUCUUAAUGAACAUCAGAAAUCUCACAUGGGGAAGAAGCCGUAUUCCUGUCCUGAGUGCGGGAAAAGUUAUUCAUGGAAAUCAGUACUUGUUAUACAUCAGAGGUCUCACACGGGUGAGAAGCCGUAUGCUUGCUCUGAGUGCGGGAAAUGUUUCUUCAAGCAGACCUAUCUUAAGACACAUCAGAGGUCUCACACGUGUGAGAAGCCGUAUGCUUGCUCUGAGUGCGGCAAAUGUUUUUCGCAGCAGACCCAUCUUAAGACACAUCAGAGAUCUCACACGGGUGAGAAGCCGUAUGCUUGCUCUGAGUGCAGCGAAUGUUUCUUGCAACAAAUCAGUCUUAAAAUACACCAGAGAUCUCACACGGGUGAGAAGCCGUAUGCUUGCUCUGAGUGCGGGAAAUGUUUUUCCAGGCAGAUCAAUCUUAAGACACAUCAGAGGACUCACACGGGUGAGAAGCCUUAUGCUUGCUCUGAGUGCGGCAAAUGUUUUUCCAGGCAGAACAAUCUUAAGACACAUCAGAGGACUCACACUGGUGAGAAGCCGUAUGCUUGCUCUGAGUGCAGCAAAUGUUUUUCCAAGCAGACCCAUCUUAAAACACAUCAGAGGUCUCACACGGGUGAGAAGCCGUAUGCUUGCUCUGAGUGCGGGAAACGUUUUUUGCGGCAGAUCAGUCUUAAAACACAUCAGAGGUCUCACACGGGUGAGAAGCCUUAUGUUUGCUCUGAGUGCGGCAAAGGUUUUUCGCAGCUGUGCCAUCUUAUUAGACAUCAGAGGUCUCACACACGGUUGAAGUUGUAG